AUGCAGCUACUCCCUUUGCUCGUGAUGCUGGCUUUGGUCAUCUGCGCCGCUUGCAAGAACCACGAGGAUUAUCCAGGACACCGACCAGGAGACUACGAACCAAGGCCUUACUCAAGACCAUUUUAAUUUUAAAGGACCUAUCCAAAUGUAUCAAUGAUUAAACUUUGAAUCGAA